GAGAGGGUGGACCUCCAGUAUCCCGGCGGGCAGAGCGGCAGGGGUGGAAGGCGGCGGCCCAGGCUGGCUGCAGAGGUUGAGAGCUGCAGGAGUCGCGGGUAACGAGCGUUUGUUGAUCCCUGGUUUGGAAAUGUCCGAGUUCAUUAAAAGCGAGGUUUUCCUCGCCUUUUCCACGUACGCCUCCAUCGUGCUGUUGAAGAUGAUGAUGAUGGGACCCCUGACUGCUUAUUUCAGGAUAACUCGUGGGGCCUUUUCCAACCCUGAAGAUGCUAAGGCACAUGGUGGCAAGGAUGAAGACACCAGGAAAAAGUUACUGAGGACCGAUCCAGAUGUGGAGCGUGUGAGAAGAUGUCACCAGAAUGACCUGGAGAACAUUAUUCCGUUUAUCGGCAUCGGUCUCUUGUACACCUUUACAGGACCGGACCUGAGCACUGCUUUACUGCACUUCAGGAUCUUCAUUGGUGCCAGGAUCUUCCACAGCAUUGCUUAUCUGACUCCUCUUCCCCAGCCCUCGCGAGGCUUGAGCUGGAUGCUGGGUAUGGGGGUUACAUUUUCAAUGGCUUACAGAGUGCUGAGGGCAGGAAUGCACCUUUGAAUGAAAGCUACAAUUAUUCACAAAGCAUCCUUUAACUAAGCUUUUAUUCUGCUAAUUCCACUCUGCCGUUCUUAUCCUCAGUAAUAGUGUAUAAUAAUAGCAAUGAAAGUACAAAACCCAUGUUUGGUUUGUUGGAAAAGGGUGGUGUGUAAGGAAGACAAAGUAAAUUGCAAGGUAGUUUUACUUUUGUGGGUGUGAGGUGAGCUGGUGGCGGUUUUCCCUCAACAAGUGGGAAAAACUUGUUUGCGAAGCUGUUUUUAACAUUAUAACAAUUGAACAGCUCUGUUUUCUUGGCCAACUUCUAUGCAUUUGGAAAUCGGACACGUUUUUGUAACAAACUGACCCAUAGAUAACAAGCUGGCAAAAUCCAAGUUAAUUAUAUAAGUGCAUAUUGAACCAACAGCAUUUAACCAUGGUUCUAAUUCAGCAUACAAGGGAUGUAUUCACAUGUGUUGGGAUUGAGGUUUGUUCAUUUUAAGGCUCAGAAUUUUUUAGGUUGGUGACUCCUGCUUGUUUGAAAAUGUUUUUUUUUGCUUUUGUAACCCGAGUACUUUGGUUUGUAGAAGGUCAUUAGCUAAGUCUUGUGAUUAGAUUGCAAAACCAUCUUUCACAACCUUUGAUUCUGCAUUUGGGGUUGGACAGACUGGGUGGUGUUUUUAUAUAAAGUUGGAAAGUGUUGGUUCCCUUUGAACUUUCUGUGUAGUAUUAAUUGCCUGUAAAAGUAAUAGUGCAUAACACACGGCUGUUGCAGACUUUUUGAUAAUGCUAAUUAGUUUAUCACGUUUCCAAGCUAUUGCACAGUACUUUAGAAGGGCCAGACACUGUUGCUCAUACCAAGAGAGAGACAUCCUGGAAAUGAGGCUUGUCAUAAACCAGGGAAAGACCAAAUGAAUGGAGAAUGGUAAUGACAGAUAUGAGGCUGUUCUCUCAGGGUUGGGUGAAAUACAGCUUGAUCUGAAACAAGAUUGGCAUUUCUUCAAUUUUGCUUUACAGACUUGGAAGUGUUAGCUUUUUAUCUCAGCAGGCAGUUAGCAUAUUAUUUCUUGGGAUUGUGUAAGUAUGAACAUUCUGGUUUCGUGAGUCCAAAAUGCACAUAUAAUAUCUAAAAACGUAUGGAUUUCGGAUUAAAUUGGGCUAAACCUGCAGUGCAAUAAAAUGGGAGUGAGAUGGACCAUUAUGAUACAAGUCUUGAGCUAGAGAAGAGUUUUUAAAUCACAACUGCUGUGUGAUCUUAAGAUACAGACAUAAUCCUAUUUCUAUAGUGUCUGUUUUUGGAAUGAAUCUUGUUGCAUCUCUAAAAUUUAUACAUUGUUGAUGAACAAAUGUACACACAGCACUAAAGCUAAAUGAUGGGGAAAGAAACUUAAGAGCAAUGCAUUGAGAAUCACCGUUGCCGCAGUAAUAUCAUGUUCCUGUACUUGUUGUCGGGUAUUUUUUUUAAAAUGUUACAAAAUUGCUGAAAGCACUGAUAUUUCAUUGUUGCACAGAGGGAUCCGAUAAAGUUGGUGUUCUGCAGCUAACACAAGUUCAGUCGUAUCAUUGCAACUUCUUAUGAUGAUGGGUUUGAGCCUAAAGUUGACCCCACCUGCAGAAGCUUCCUAUCCCCAAUCUCCCUUGUCCUACUUGUAGGUAAAUAAAAACAGUCUACGAUCCAGAUGCAGAUUUAUCAUCCUCUUAAAGGUUCCUAAAGUUUGCUUUAUUACAUACCAUCUCUCAAACUUACCAGCUGCUGUCUAUCUUUACUGGCUUUUUUUUAAAUACAUUUAUUGUCAAUUACCAUUAAUUAAUUGUUGCUUCCUGUGACAUCAUCAUCGCCACCCCCAUGCUGGAUACCCACAUUAUCACAUCCAACAUUUUCCCAUGAGGUAUCUAUUCAGAUGUAAUUGAAGAAUUUUACUCUAAGUACUUGUGCUUCUUUUGAAGGUAAGAAAAAUUGUUAAAUGACAUUCCAGCCAUCUUUUUCAUUGUAUUUUCUGUCAAUAAAUGCUUGAAGUAAA